AUGGUAGCCAUCACCCCCGAGCAGAUCGCCAUUGUCAAGGCGACAGCGCCAGUUCUCAAAGAACACGGCGUAACCAUCACCACCACCUUCUACAACAACCUCAUCGGAGAUGUUCCAGCACUUCACAACUUUUUCAGCACCACCAGCCAAACAACAGGUCGACAGCCACGAGCACUUGCCGGCGCUGUUCUGGCUUAUGCGACGUAUAUCGACGACCUCCCCAAGCUGACACAUGCCGUGGAACGCAUCGCCCACAAGCAUGUUUCCCUCCAAGUAACCCCUGAGCAAUACGACAUCGUCGGAAAGUACCUGAUCCAAGCCAUCGGUCAAGUCCUCGGUGACGCAGCCACCGCCGACAUCGUCGACGCCUGGAUUGCCGCCUAUGGUGUCCUUGCCCAGGUCUUCAUCAACCGAGAAGGCGAGAUGUACAAGUCGAACGCCGCCGACGGCUGGGUCGGCUGGCGCAAGUUCCGCAUCACCCAGAAGGUACCAGAGAGCAGCACCAUCACGAGCUUCUAUCUCGCCCCCAGCGAUGGGGCCACGCCACUACCCAAGUACAUGCCGGGUCAGUACGUCAGCUUGCAGGUGCCGGUGCCCGAGCUUGGGUACCUGCAGAGCAGACAGUACAGCCUGAGCGAAGCCCCGAGAAAGGGAGAGUACUACCGCAUCAGCGUCAAGCGAGAGGAGGCCCUCGAGCCGAGCGCCCCUGCCCUUGUUUCCAACAUGUUGCACGACCAGUACGCCGUGGGCGACGAGGUCGAGCUGUCGCAUCCACAGGGCGAGUUCUUUGUGGACCCCCAGGACGCAAGCAAGGAGGGUGUCCCGGUCGUUUUGGUAUCCGCCGGCGUUGGUGCGACACCGCUCAAGGCCAUCCUUGACAGCCUCGUGUCUGCGGGGUCCAAGAGACCAGCAUCAUGGAUCCAUUCAUCACGAUCGAGCGCGGCACAGCCGUUUGCUGACGAUAUCCGGCGUAUCUGUCGCGAGAACGAGAACGUGUCGGCCAAUGUGUUCCUGCGCACGCUUGGCCCUGAGGACCGCGCUGGGGUACACUACGAGUUUGGAGACAUGCGGCUGGAUCUGGCAAAGUUGGACAAGGAGCGCGGUUUGUUCCUGGGUGACUCUCGAGCCGAGUACUACAUUUGUGGUCCCGAGGCAUUCAUGAUCGAUGUUCGCCGCACAUUGGUCGAGCAGGGUGUCGACAGGUCGAGGAUAUUCCUGGAGCUGUUUGCGACGGGUGAUGUCAGCGACGAGGAAGCAAAAUGGUGA